AUGCCGGGCGCUUCUGUGGUAGGAACACAGCGUGGUGAUAGUGAUGCGGUUCAGAAACUUGGUUUUUCUCGAGUAGCUACUUCAACAAAGAGCAUCCAUUCUGGAAGUAUAACUCAUGACUGCUGUGAGACAGGAAGUGCUGUAUUUCUUCAUGUUUAUGCUCUUUCUAAGUACAUUCUCAGAAGAUUAAGCCGUAAGGAUGAAGGUACUUACAGCUGCUAUGUGGGAACAACAUCUGGAAAAUUCAGAAAAAGUGUGGUGCUGCAGGUAGGAGCUUUUGUCACACCUGUGAUGAAGUAUGAAAAAAGGGACACAAGCAGCAUGUUAAUAUGUAGCAUAUUAAGUGUUUAUCCUCGUCCAAGCAUCACAUGGCACAUGGACAAUAUAUCCAUUACUGACAGCCGGGUUGAAGAAAUUGGAUCUUUGGGUUCUUUUCAUAUUAACAGUACAGUAAAUGUUACAGGAUCAAAAUCGCCUUAUGAAUGUGCUAUUAAAAAUUCAUUGUUGGAACAAACAUGGACAGGGCAUUGGAUGAUGAAAGAUGAUCUUCAUAAAAUGCAAAGUGAACAGGUUUCAUUUUCAUGUGAUGUUGCAAACAAUCUUUUCCAACAAAAUCAAGAUAUCAUAGUCACCUGGUCAAGAAUGGAAAAUGGGACUUCCUUCAUCCUGGCUAAGUUUGAGAGCGCCUCACAAAAUAUAGUUACCAAUGAACCCAGACUAUCAUGGGAGAAAGAGCUAAUAAAUCAGGGACAUUUCUCUUCCACAUUGAAAGAACUCGAAAUUCUAGACAAUGGGGAAUACCUAUGCCAUAUUUCUUCAAGCAACUAUACUUUCCUCACCCUCCAAACACUGCAUGUAGGUAAGUUAACAAUAGGAUUGGCUAAUGGGUUUUGA